CUCAUGGUGUUGAUUGUUUGGAAAUCGAAUUUGCUUUGAUCCCAUGAGUUGCAUCACCUAUCUGCGACUAGAUCCGGCCGUUCCCUCGUCAGACGCUUCUUAAGUGACAGAUUCUCUGGGUUCUCAGGCACCGUUUCGACACCCUCUGCGUCGCGUCAGUUGAGCCUGAGCCUACUCUGACGGCUCGUCUACAAGUGGCAGAAUGCCAACUUAUCUCUGCCACGGCUUUCGGUGGCAUCGCAAGAGUGUCCGCUAUUUCAUUGCCAAACACGAUAUCGAAGAUGGAGCCACAGAAUGGAUUGUCGCUCCGAGAAGUGAGGCUGCCAUCAUAGAGCAUUUCCACAACAUAUAUAGCUUCCUACCCUCUUCGAACUCGCCCCCUCCUCCGUCUCGGAACGCAUCAUCGCCGGCCUACCGAAAACAUCAUCAUGCGCCAUCUAAUGACUCUUCUUACGUCUCGCGCACCAGCUCUUCCGAAUACCAUGGCUCAGAAGAACCGAGAUAUUCCAACGGUAGUGGCACAAAGUCGCGGAGCAGAAGCGCAUCCCGGCAAAGUGUUAAGUCGUCCGGCCGACCAAGAACGAGUGGGCGUGACGAUACCAUCACGUUCCCACCCCUUCCGCUGCUGUCUCCGUCGUCGCUCGCUACGAAGAAUUCUGAUUACUUCGAUAAUACGCCGCUUAUAAGACUAUUGGAAGAAUUCGAUCCCAAGGAUGAGUCUAUGGCCAGUGCUCCCUGGGCCUAUGUGGCAGACCAUGUCAUACGAGUGAGCACCUCGGUCUCCAUUGCUGAUGAAAUGUUCCGCUACGAAGCGCGUAUGAAACGAGACCCCAACAGGGCUAUGCAUGGUUCAAGCGACGAGUACGGAAGAAAAGUGUUUGGAUCAAGCAGCAAAAAGGCAGGGUGGCUAGAAAAGCUACGGGAUCAGAUACAGCGAGGGGAAAGCAUUAGAUGGUAUAUUGUGGUUUGUGGUGACGAAGAACGGGAAAAUCCUACUGGUUACGAUGACGACGAAUUACUGGAAGAGGAGGAAGAAGAGGCGGAAUAUGAGGAAGAAGAAUGUGAAGGGAGCAGCUCUAGAAGUCAAGACCGGACGUGGAUACGGCAGUCACAAUCGACCCAAUCAACCGAAGCCACGACAACGACAAACCCAUCCGUUAUUGAAGGCGGUUUCGAGUACCGAAUACCAGAACUGGCCGGCUUCUCGAUGAGAACGCCGACGGUCACCCCAGAGCGGAAGAAGAACAAACUUGUACCCCCGCCAUUACCACAAAAGGACUUGCCUGCUAUACCUUCACCCCCUCCGCCUAAGUCACCUCUUCCUCCAGAGGUUGCAAGCAGGCUCGGUUCAGAGAGUCCAUCAUAUCCGAGGUCUGCUCGUUCUACUUUAGGACUGCGGAAGUUGUUUUCUCGACACAGAUCAGAAACGACAGCCUGAGUUAGUAUCAUAUUGAUUAUUAAUUUUAGCUUGGAUAAGACCUCGCCUAUUCAAGGCAUUGCCUUUCUCCAGCAUCCUUCUUAUUCUUUAUUAUGUUUUACGAUACAAUUCCGA